AGAUGGAGAAGGAUUUCUUCUAGUAUAUUCUAUAUCAUCACAUCCAACAUUUGAACAAGUAAAAAGGUUUGAAGAUCAAAUGAUAAGAAUAAAGGGCUCUAAUAAAAUUCCAUCUAUACUUGUGGGAAAUAAAUGUGAAAGGCAUACAGAAUGUGAGGUGUUGAGUGAAGAAGGAAUGAUUAUCACAAAGAGACUUGGCUGUGGAUUUUUUGAAAGUUCAGCAAAGACAUUGGUUGAAAUGAUAGAGCAAAGUAGACAAAAAAAAAAAAAAUUAUCAAAAAACUUCAAAUUAAUAUUAAAAUCAUUAAAAUUACAAUUAAGAUCAUUAAAAUCACAAUUAAAAAUGAAUGUAGAAUCUAUUUCAGAGGGGGAAAAAUGGUUUAAAAAUCAACUUAAAAGAGAACAUAUUUUAUUUCUUGAUUAUAAUUCUUUUCAAAAUAUUAAAAUUAUUGAUG